AUGACUCCAGCCAACUCCGCGGCAAUUGGGAAUGACCAUGAGCCGGCGAAAGAUACCAGGGCGGAGCACAGUCCCUCUCGGUUUACCGCCGUCAACGGCAAGGACUCCUUAACAACGGAGCCGUCGGCCGUCCCCGCGAUACCCGGCAGCUCAUUGAACAACGGUGGACAUGUCGACCCCGCGGGGAGCCGCGGAAAGGCCGCAUACGAGGAACACAACAGAGAAAAUGGCAGUCUGGGAAAUGAUCAGGAUGCGACUUCGCAAUCAUCGUCACUGGGCGGCCCUGCAGCCACGAACAGAGGCAAACGAAAAAGGUCGGAGUGCGACGAACCGGAAAACACGCCUCGUCCCCCGAACAGGGACAUCAAGAGUCCCUCUCGCUUAGAAGACAUGUCAGAACCCCCUACGCAACAACAACAAUCCCCGAACGGCGUGGGAAUAACGACUCUCGAGCAAAACUCCAAACCUCCCAGCACAUCUGCUGCGCCCCUGAGAUUGUCGGAAAAUGAGGAAACACGCCCUUCGCCGACCAAUGUUCCCUGGAAUGAAUACGACUCCCAGCUCGUUAAUCAAGCGCAACGCGCACAGCAAAUUGACGCGUCGGAUGCGCAGCUCGCAGAGGUUCUACAACGUGAAGCUGGAGGUCAUGAUACACCCCCAAAGAACUGGGGCACACCGGCUCGCUCCGAAGGAUCAUUGACCAAUGAUCAGCCCGGUGCCGUAGCUGCUGCGCCUCAAGAACGACCGCAGCCCGUGGCUCCCAAAAGGAAACGCGUGUUUAGCAACAGAACCAAGACGGGGUGUAUGACGUGCCGAAGGAGAAAGAAAAAGUGCGAUGAGCAACAUCCUGCAUCUCCAGUCCCUUUACAAUCCAAGGAUGGAUAUGCAGACAUUGGAAACCAAUAUGUGCACGAAGUCAAUCAACAUGAUCGACAGCAAAGCUUGUCAGAUCACCUCGAGGCGGGAAAAAUGAGGCCAAUCGUUGUGGAAGAUGCCGAUCGCGCGGCCGCACAGUUCAACUCGAGCCCAACGGGAGUGGGCUCGAAUCGCGGGUCAUGGUCAAAGCGGACGUGGCCGAACACAGGCCACCCACCGUUUGCCACGGACCAUGUCACCAAACCAGACUAUCGGGAGGUCCCCUCAAUCCAUGAACUUCCCCGCGACAGUCAUCCCAAGGCAGAUUAUCAAAUAGUCCCACCCAUUCGAGAACUCUCCCAUAGCGCCCAUAGCAAGCCGGCAAUGCCGCUAUUCCAAAGUGGGAUCGACCAACGACCGGCUCUGACAAACACAAGCGCUAUGGAUACAAACACGCCACAGGCCCAGGCACGAAUGGCAUUGAGCAUUGAGCAUCAACUCUCGGCGCGUGCCGUUUCCGGUGAAGAGUCAGAGAAGGAGAAAAUGAUGCGUGGUGAGCUUUACCGACCAUUCGACAUCCACCUCGUGGAGGAACGAGAUCGAUGUAAAGCUGCUUUGUGGAGGUUUAAUAAUGCUUGCAAUCCGAUCUCUGGUCUCAGCGCCAAAGAGCAAAAUCGCCUAUUGAAGGAAAUCUUUGUGCCGCCGAAUGCGGCUGCCAACUCACCAUCAGGCUCGCCUCGCCCUUCGGGGUCCAUUGGACAGGGCGCGGUGGUCGAAUCGCCCUUCCAGUGUCAUUACGGCUAUAAUGUGCAUAUCGGCGAAGAUGUCAUGAUAUCCGAGAGCUGUCUUUUUGUGGAUGAUUGUACUAUCACGAUCGGUGCACAUACAUGGAUAGGCCCUCGGGUUACUAUCCUUAGUUCAAUGGCGCAUGCAAACAUGCAAGAGCGCAAAGGGUCCCAGAGCCGCCACCAGGGCCGCCCUGUUACCAUCGAGGAAGAUUGCUAUGUGGGUGCGGGAUGCACGAUAUACCCCGGUGUUCGGCUCCGGCGUGGAGCGUAUGUGGCUCCAGGAGAGGUGGUGAAAUCCGACAUUGUGGCCUAUGGCUUCCAAGGACUGAAACCAAGCUACAUGUAG